UUACAGUUUCUUAGAGAAAUUGACGGGGACAGAAGCUCUAAGAUACUGGGCAAUUUUGGGAAACCUGCCACGAUCGUCACUUAAUAUGCUUCUGGCGAUCUUAAGGCAUCAUUUCAACAUUGAUGUUCCGAAAGAUUCGCGGACAUUCCUCAAAACCCACACCCAGACUGGUUUGGAAAUUCAACCGCUCGCGGGUGGACAAUUCUGGUAUCAAGGGAUUGAGACGGUCCUACAACAACAUUUUCGGUAAGUAUUUCAUGCAUAAAUUGUACAAUUUGUUUGCAUAUGUUGCAACUAACUGGUACCUCUUUGCUUUUUAUUACAGAAAUGUCAUUCCCGAAGAAGACCUUUUUACGGUUCAAGUGUCUAUCGACGGGCUUCCACUCUUCAGAAGUUCAAAACGGCAACUGUGGCCGAUACUGAUAAGGGUGGAAGAAUUGCGAGAGGCUCCGGUGAUGCUUGUCGGAUACUAUAGUGGACUGGAAAAACCGGAGCUGGUGGAAGAAUAUUUUCGGCCACUAGUGUUGGAGAUCAAUGAUCUUCAACAAAGAGGCUUGCAGUUCGGCAACAAGGUAGUGCGUUUCGCUUUAAGCAUAUUUGUUGCCGAUUCUCCAGCGCGAGCAUUUGCUAAAGCAACUGCAAACUUUAAUGCAAAGCAUGGGUGUUUACAGUGUUCCAUUGUUGGGGAAUACAUCAAACCGGAACGCAACGUUAUAUUUGAUUCCGUGAAUGCCGAGUUGCGUACGGACGCCGGCUUCAGACAACGAGUGGACAAAGAUCAUCAUAAAGAAUGGAGGACACCAAUCGAAGAUGUGGACAAUUUUGAUAUGAUACGCGGUUUCGUUGUUGCCGACCGCGUUCACCUGAUUGAUUUGGGGUGUACCAGAUUAUUUGUCCAAGGGUUUUUAAAACGCAAAUUUAAAAAUUUUCGUAAAUGGUCACCCCAGCAGAAGGAAGCUAUAUCUAAAUUUAUGGUGCAGAUUCGGCUUCGUUCGGAAGUGAACCGUCCUGUACGGUCUUUCCUACACGUCCGUUUUUGGAAGGCAACCGAAUACCGGUCCUUCCUUCAUUAUGUUAGUGUUGUGGUCUGGAGGGAUUUUUUUACAUAUCAGCAAUACAAUCACUUCUUGUGCUACUACUGCGGUGUGACGAUUUUUUCGUCCUCGGCACACCAGCGAUUAUGGCCUCUUGCUGAAAAGCUCCUUACACAUUUUGUGAAGGAGUUUCGCAAGUAUUACGGUCGAGCCUAUCUAACUAGCAAUGUCCACAAUUUGAUACACGUGGCAGGAGAUGUUGCAAAUUGUGGACCGCUUGAUAAUUUUUCCACAUAUGCGUUUGAAAAUUAUCUUCAGAUAGUCAAGCGAUAUGUGAAAUCGGGAACACGAGUGGCAGCACAGGUGGCAGCCCGCAUGCAAGAAAUUGCUUCUAUUGAAGUGGCUGCCAAUCGUACUGUUCUUACUUACCCACGGUUGAAGGAAAAUGGUGCUGGCCUACUAGUAGCCGCCGAUUUUAUCCUGCUGCCGAAUUUCAAAGAUCAAUGGUUCUUAACCAAAGAUCAUGGCAUUGUGAAGUUUUUGGAAGUAAAGAAAUUGGAUUCUUUACUUUACGUUAUAACUGGAAUCCAGUACGAGUACUGCACGGAGUUGUUUAGUUUGUCAGUAGACGAUCCAGCUAUCCAACUGUCGUCUACUGACUUAAACAUUUAUAAAAUUAAAGAAUCUUCUCCGCGCAGGAAGGUGGAAGUACCGCAUUAUAUGAUAUUUUGUAAACUUGUAUCGUACUAUCUACCUCCUUCCUCUCUUGCCCUACGACCUCCCAAUCCUCCUUUAGAAUCUUAUACUAUCGUUUUGUUUCCUCUUCUGCACACUUUUCAAAUUGACACAGACUUCCGCUUCAACUAAUAUUUUUCAUCUAACCUUCCACUAAUACUUUUAUGUUCCAGCAAUAUACUGUACUUCCAUCACUCUACUGGAUCUUUGUUGCCCGAUUCAUGGUAGGACGACCGUUUUUACCGCUUUGUGCGUUGUAAAGCUCACAGUGGUCAUUUAGGUUAAGAAUAUUUAUAACAUGGGUAGUUCAGUGGUCGUAUGAUACAUCAUAUGAUGUAUGAUGUGUUUAUGAAUGGGAGGGAAAAUGACCACCGUUGAUACAAAGCUUUACGUUUGCCAUGCGGGACCCCAUGCUUUUAAAUGCUCGCAUUUCCGCAAGCCUUUGACUGGUGAGCCGCUGCGUCCUCAAGAUCACUUGGGUUGGUAUAGGUUUGAUUAGGGUUCAUAGGUUGGGUUGAGUUGGUAUAGAUUUGGUUUCUUGGUUUGGUACAUUAUUAAUUUCAUUUAUUUUAUAAUAACAAACUCACAGACUAACACAUAACUAACACGUGUAAUUCUAAUCAAAAGAAAUGAUAAUGAAGUUAGUUAACUUAAAAUUUUUGAUAAUGUUAAUGAUGAUUAAAAUUAGUUAAAAAAAUUGCAUAACGGUAACGCAUAUAUUAAGACACGCGCGCGUAAAAGUGAGUUAAUAAUUGUAUUACUCACUCGUAGAUAUUGUUUUUGAUUUAUUCCGAUUCUUCUCAAUAU